GUGAUUUUACCCAGAAGCAGAAGGAAUAAAACAAGCAUGCUCUCAUGCAAUAAUACGCAGUAGAAGUUCACACUUUGGAGUUUCAAAGACAGAUAAACAUCCCUUGAGAAACAUGGCCGGAAAUAUAAAAGAUGAAGCAUAUCAACGUCUGAACUUCCUCUAUCAGGCUGCUCACUGCGUUUUGGCUCAAAAUCCAGAGAAUACUGAACUGGCAAGAUUUUACUGCCUCACUCAGAAGACCAUCUCCAAACGACUGGUGCUCAGACAAGAUCCAUCAGUAAAGAGAACCAUUUGCAAAAAAUGCUGCACUUUACUAAUACCAGGUGUCACAUCAACUGUACGACAAAAAAGAGGACCGAUGCGACAACGUAAGACUAUUGUGCGAUGUUUAAGUUGUGGACUGACCAAACAGUUCCCAAACAACCCAAAACAUAAACUGUGGGUGGAUCAACCUGAGGCUCAACUAGAAAACCAGACCUCACAAGAUGCUGGUCCUUCAUCUAAGUCCACAACCCAAGAGAAGAAAUCUGAUAUUGGCUCAGCAUCCAUGACAGCGAAGACUUCGUCUACAGCUCAAACAAAUGUGACUAAACCUUCAUGACACUGUACAUGCAUUAAUAUAACCAGUUAAACAAAGUGAACUUUUGGGUGGUAUUUUAAUUUUAUUUUUUGUUGACAUUUUUCAGCCUUUAAAUGCAUUUUUUUUUCUGACAUU